ACCUAGCCAUGAGUUUACGCAAACGGAGACUAGGUAAGCUUAAGCAGUAACAGUAGUCAUAUUUCUUCUUACUUUAGACUUAUGUGCACAAUGAGAAUAGGAGAUGGAGCUUUGCUCAUGCUGCGUCUCACUUCGAGCAACUGCCUUCAGUGAGGCAGCAGAGAAUAUUGCAUAUAACACAGGUCGAUAUCCACACCAACCUAGUUGCACAGAGCUGUCGGAAUCCGCUUCCCAGGGUUGCGCCCUCUGUCGGCUUAUCUUAGACUCACUGUCUAUACAAUGCGGAGAAUCCGGGCUUGUAGACGAUGAUAAAAAGCCGAUAUAUCCACAAGGAGAGAUUUCAAUAGGGGGUGUGGUUGGCCCAUCUGGCGAGAGGUGGAUUUGGAUUGACCACUCCCCUAGGGAGUCUGGCAUUCUCAAGGCGAUUGGCAUUCCCCGCGGUUGGAAGGAUGUCUGGGACGAUGGCAAUGUAGAUAUUCACAAUACCGCUCUUGCUAUGUUAAGGGAGUGGCCAUGGACGUGUUAUCGAGACCAUCCAGGUUGUCCACGCCCUGAUGGAGAAUUCUUGCUGAAAAGGCUUGUGAAAGUUGGUCUCGAAGGAGAUGGUAAAGUGCGCUUGGUUUCCACGUCAGUACUGAAUUCGCAAGAUCGCCGGUAUAAUGCCUUGAGUCAUUGUUGGGGUCUGAACAUGCCUCACUGCGCCUAGACUUCCAAGGAGACAUUGAGCGAUCACGAAAAGGGAAUAAACAUGGCAGACCUGACGAAAACAUUUGUGGAUACUAUUACGAUAGCCAGA